AUCGAAUCGAUUACUCUUGUUAAAUUCACUCAGUACAGAUAUAUUUUUAUAGAAAGCCACUCGAUUCAUUCGAUAUAAAUAAACACGGAACACCGUUUGUGUUUAUUAUAUUACGACGUGUCUGUAUUUUGACCCGUGCCCGAGGAUCUGGAAAGUUCGCGAUUGCCGCCAAAACAAGCAAGGACCCCAUUCGGGUGUAGCAGGUGCAGGAGCAGGUGGACAGGAAACGGAGAAGCAGCUGAAGGAAACUCAAAGGAAGUGGUCACAGUGGGGAGAAGGAGCCCGUGAACUGAACCAUCAUCAUUACCAUCGAGCGCAUUUAGGAUGGCUGGGUCCGCACUGCGCCGCCUGAUGGCGGAAUACAAACAGUUAACACUUGACCCGCCCGAGGGCAUUGUGGCCGGCCCCAUCAGCGAGGACAACUUCUUCGAGUGGGAGGCACUGAUUGCCGGACCUGAGGGCACUUGUUUCGAGGGCGGAGUGUUUCCUGCCCGGCUCAUCUUUCCGACCGACUAUCCUCUGAGUCCGCCUAAAAUGAAAUUCACUUGUGACAUGUUCCAUCCCAACAUAUUCGCCGACGGGCGGGUCUGCAUAUCAAUACUACACGCACCCGGCGACGAUCCCAUGGGCUACGAGCUAUCCGCGGAGCGCUGGAGUCCUGUCCAGAGCGUGGAGAAGAUUUUGCUUAGUGUGGUCAGCAUGCUGGCGGAACCCAACGAUGAGAGCGGCGCUAAUGUGGAUGCAGCAAUUAUGUGGCGCGAACAGAGGGAUGAGUUCAACGCCAUCGCCCGACGGCUGGUGCGCAAAACUCUUGGUUUACCGGCGUAAAUGGAUCAUGUGCGUCACCGUCAAUACUUUCUACCCUGAACAACACGAUUCCAACAACUCGCUAACCCAUAGUUUUCUCAAAAAUCCCUCGUUGAGCUAACCGACACAAGUUUCAAAUUAGCAAAAAUGAAGAACCUAACGUCAAAAUCGACUAACUCAAGUUUAUCUAGCACACUGACUGCCUCACCGGACUUAACUGGAGGGCCUAUUACCUGAAGUACAUCACUGGUAGUUGGACACGAGGCCAGGUGAAGGCGGAGUGAGAAGUUGGCAAGAAAAGUGAAAAUUCUAAUAAUUUCUAUUAUUAAAGGUUUAUUUUUUUUUAUAUAUUUUCACUAGAUAUAAUUUGUAUUGAUGCUUUAUAAAGAUGCUGUUUUGAAAAGUUAAAUAGAAAUUACGAUAAUUCAAGUGCAAGGGCAAUGUAUUCGAAGUGAUUGAGGCGUUUGAUUUGCAUUAUGCUUUAUGUUUGGUUUAUAUAGUCAUUACACACUUAAUUCGACUGAUCAUUAACUGAAAUCCAACAUGAAAUUGUCCUAUGUACUCAUAAAAUACUACACAAUUGUAAACGUUUUCAUUCGAUUAAGUAAAUUGAUUAAUGUUCACUUUGAUAAGGCAUACGACUGUAUGUAUGUAUAUAUAUAUAUAUAUUUAUAUGUUUAUAGGUAGGUGGGUAAAUGCACACCCAUACACAUACAUUGGUUAAGUGUCCACUGGUAUGAGGGUAAUAUAGUUAUCUAAUAGUUGCUGAAGGUUACUAAGCCACACGAAUUUCAAUUGACCGGGCCCGCAUAAAUUAAUGCUCUCUGUCUUCUUGGUUUUCGGACCAUAGAUGGGCUCGAAAAUGUUUACACCAUUCGAUCGUUCGAGUACGGUGGGCACCACAGACUUUUACGGCCCACUGUACGUUCCACCAGUUAGUCAGUCAGUCAUCAAAACAUUGCCAAUUAGUGGGAGUGGGCAAGGGCUGCGCCAGUUCGGAUUUCCAUUGACCCACUGUACGGUGGGUGGGGGAAGUCAAUGCAGAUUGCUUGAAUUUUCUGCUUGGUGGUCUACUUGGG